UAUGUUUUCCCAUUUUCUUUCUCUCUCCAUCUCUACGUGCGAGUGAAAUUGGUCACGAAAUCUAAUACAAUCAGCAAUAUGUUGUAUUGGUUUCCUGAAAUUCGUGAAGAUUCAUCGUUGGUUGCGUUGAAUUUCAGGGAUUUUUUUUGAAUCAAGGUUGUUUCCAGGAUUUAUAGCGAGAGUCUGGGUGUAUAAGUUAGGGUUUUUGAGUUGAUAGAUCUGAGUGCGAGUCUACAAUUCGAUCAUUACAACUCGGAAUUCAACAUGUUUUGGCGUAUGGCUGGGCUCUCCACUGCAUCUCCAGUGGAAACCAUUUUAGAUAAAGAAAAUUUCACUCUGGAUGAGCUAUUAGACGAGGACGAAAUAAUUCAAGAAUGCAAAGCUCUUAAUGGCCGUCUUAUCAAUUUUUUGCGGGAAAGAGAUAACAUUAAACAACUGAUUCAAUACAUAAUGGAAGAACCUCCAGAGGAUGCCGAGAGACAGAGAACUUUCAAGUUUCCUUUCAUUGCUUGUGAGAUUUUCACUUGUGAGGUUGAUAUUAUACUCAAAGCUUUAGUAGAGGAUGAGGAGUUGAUGGACCUGUUAUUCUCUUUUUUGGAUUCUGAGCGUCCCCAUAGUACUCUAUUGGCUGGUUAUUUCAGCAAGGUUGUCGUAUGUCUCUUGCUGCGGAAGACAAAUCCUCUUAUGCACUACAUAGGAGCUCAUCAAGACAUCAUUAAAAGACUUGUUGACCUAAUUGGAAUUACUUCUAUAAUGGAGGUUUUAAUUCGUCUAAUUGGCGCUGAUGAACAUAUAUAUGCCAACUAUGCGGACUCUAUACAGUGGUUGGAAGAUAUGAACGUGCUAGAGAUGAUUGUUGACAAAUAUAGUUCAUCUGACUCCCCUGAAGUACAUGCUAAUGCUGCAGAAACUCUUUGUGCCAUUACGCGGUAUGCCCCACCAGGGCUAGCUUCAAAAAUCUCCAGCCCAAGUUUUAUAGGAAGAUUGUUCCGCCAUGCUCUGGAGGACUCAAGGCCCAAAUCUGUUUUGGUUAAUUUGUUAUCUGUUUGUAUAUCCUUGUUAGACCCCAAGAGGUUAACAUCGGGGACGUACUACAUGUAUACGCGUCAAAUGACUUAUGCAUCCGGAAGUUCUGCUAAUCCCGAGACCGUUCUAGGCAUGCUGGAGAGCCUAGGUGAUCUGCUCAAGCUUUUGGAUUUUUCAACUGAGGACCACGUCCUGCUAACUACGUAUGGCAAAUUGCAGCCUCCGUUAGGAAAACGUCGGUUGAAGAUUAUAGAGUUUAUCUCGGUAUUGGUGGCUGUUAGUAGCGAAGUUGCAGAAAAGGAAUUGAUUCGUUUGGGCGCUGUGAAACGUAUUUUGGACUUGUUUUUUGAGUAUCCAUACAAUAAUUUCUUACAUUAUCAUGUGGAACAAAUCAUAAUAUCGUGCCUAGAGAGCAAGAAUCCUCAAUUUGUUGAACAUCUUCUUCGUGACUGUAAUCUUAUUGAGAAGAUUCUUGAAGCAGAAAAAGAUAGCACGUUGGCUGGUAGUACGAACAAGCCUACGAUACCUGCUGAGGGAAGAUCACCGCCCAGGGCGGGAAAUAUUGGUCACCUAACCCGUAUUGCUAAUAAACUUGUUCAAUUGGGGAGUAAUAACAGUGAAAUACUGACAUUUCUGCAGGGGAAUAGUGAUUGGGUUGAUUGGCAGACGAAUGUGCUGCUCAAGCGCAAUGCUCUGGAGAAUGUCUUUCAAUGGGCGUGUGGGAGGCCCACCGCACUACAAGACCGAACGCGAGAUAGCGACGAUGACGAUUACCAAGAUAGAGAUUAUGAUGUUGCAGCAUUGGCAAAUAACUUGAGCCAGGCCUUCCGGUAUGGAAUAUACAGUAACGAUGAUACCGAGGAGGCGCAUGGUUCUCUUGAACGUGAUGAUGAGGACGUGUACUUUGAUGAUGAAUCUGCUGAAGUUGUUAUUUCUUCCCUACGGUUGGGGGAUGACCAGGAAAGUGGGUCUCUUUUUACAAACUCCAAUUGGUUUGCAUUUGAGGAAGAGAGAACAGCUAAUGAGCAUGCAUCUGGUCCAAUUGCUUCUUCAUCCCCUCAGACUAAGGAGCAUGAGGUCAUUGUCGAGGAAGAUGAGAAAAAUUCCUCGGACACUGCCACGUCUGUACCUCCCGAACAGAACCCAACUUUAGAUGACAAUAAUAACGUCCCAAGCAAAUUGUCCGAAGGCCUCAGAGAAACCGAAACCAGUAGUGGGACCGACAAACCACCUGAGUGGGUUGAAUGGAGGGAAGAUUCCGAUUCUGUUGAAUUUCCUCCUACCUCGAUUUCUGCUAACACGUCUGAUGCAUCUCAACAUCCACCACCUUUACCAAAUGGCGAGGUGGACUUAGUAGGUCAACCUGUCAUUGGACCAGAUAUAACGGUUGUUUCUGCUGAUGAGCCUGCAGAUGAUUGCAAGACUGACAGUGGAGGUUCCCCCGAUUCUAAAGAGAUCGACUCUGCUAUUGCUCCUUCACAGUCCAAGGAAGUGGGUGAUGAAGACCGAAGCAUUGGGAAAGUGGACUUGCAUGCUGAGGCAGAAGACUCUUCCGAAAAUGCAGAAUGUGAAAAGAACAAUUAAUUUGUGGGAAUUGGGUGUAAAUUCUUAUGGUUAAGUUAUGUCGAGAUGAAAAAUAGCAUUUGUCCAAAUCCCGUGCCAAGACUCACUCUGGUAAUACUGCUGCUCAUGACAGGUAUAAAAUAUGCCCUUCAUUAUUGGGUUUACAUAUCGAGGUAAGCUGGUGAAUCAUUCAUUUCCUCUCUAUACAAAAAAAUGUGCUAUCAGCUCAAUUGGAA